GGCAACCGGGCGCAGGGCGCCGCGCGGGCUGAGCCCGACCCUCGCAGCCCGGACUCCGGGGCGCGCCGCGCGGGGUGGAGAGGAGCGCGGGCGGCCCGCUGCGCAACCCCGAGCUGCGGUGCCCGCCUCCGUGCGUUCGGAUAAACGGGGACCCGCGUCCGGGGACCCGGCCAGCCCCUCCCCCAGACCACUAACUGUGCGCCCUUGCUUCGGGGGGCGACACCGGACUAGACUCGCCGGCCUGCCCGGGGACCCGCUGGGCUGGUUUUGCUUUCGACCCCGCCCGCACUCACCCUCCCUUGGGAGCCGGUCGAGCGCCGCGGGAAACGCGUCCUUCCUCUGGCGGUUUGCUGCAGGGACCAGAGCUCCCGCCAGGGACCCCGGGAAAGUGAAUUGGCAGCCCGGGCAUUUGCUUCCAACUCUUUGAGGCGGGGGUGCUGAUAGAGAAAGCUCUAAAAGGCAUUUCUCCAUUUCCAGUGAUGAUUGAACCUCUCAACUUCAGCUACGGAUUGGGGGAAAAUACCUGCACUGGCUUUCCCUGCCUUGUAUUUAAAGGUUAUUCUAGCCCUGGAAUUGGCCGAAGAUGGUUAAAGUUUGGGGGGCCAGGUUUUUUUUUUGGACUGGGGAAUAAGAGAUCGUGAGUCGCCGGGUCCACCCAGCCAGGCCCCUUUAGCCUUUUGGAGCCUGUUUUAUGUCAUCUUAUGUCAUUUUGCCGCUUGAUCUCAGUUGCUCUUUUCAGGUAACGUUUAUUUCUAGCUGCUGAGACCUGGGCGUUCCCAACAGAUCCGAGCCGCGAAUGAACUUCAGGGGAGAAGCAGCGUUGUGCGGUGGGUGUUUUCCCGGGCUCCGAAAUGGGGCAGUAACUGGGAUAUCCUCCGCCCUCUUCCAGCUCCAUCCAGAGAACACAGUGGAGUUGGGGAACGUGGCAGCCCUGCUCAGCACAGAAGUUGUAUUUCAGCUCUGGGCCCAGAAAAGCAGCAAAACCGGGUGGGUGAUGCCAGGACCAGGUGCACUGACUACUGACCCUGCCGUGGUGCCGAUGAGUGGAGACACUGCCCCUGGAGGAGCACAGCUGAAAAGCUGGGAGAUACAUCUUUCCUUGUAUAUUUUGGCAAGAAAGAGCUGGAAGGAGCCUGGGCUGGUGUCUUCUCACCAGCCCCAGCAGUGUUUACAGGAGCGGGAUGCAUCUGAAGAUGAUGGCAGGACUGUCCUUCCCCACAGGGCAGUAGUGAAGUUCCGUCCUGCUGACUACAGCAGUUCCCUUGCAGAGAACCUUAAAGACAAAAGACUGAGGUUCAGAGUGGUUAAAUCUCUCAAAAAUUACUGUUACUUUCGGCUUUUGGCUGGGAGGAGGCAAAGGUGCAAUUUUCUUCAGUUGUCCAGAGUCUGGGUUCUUCCGACACCAGCCGCUUCCACCACGGUCCUGAACCUGGACCCCAACGAGAGUAAAGUCAUUUACCUGCGGUGCACCGGCAGGGUUGGUGCCAUGUCUGCCCUGGCCCCCAAAAUCGGCCCCCUGGGCCUGUGUCCAAAAAAGAUUGGUGACGACAUCACCAAAGCAACCGGUGACCGGAGCGGUCCGAGGCUCACAGUGAACAUGACCCUUCAGAACAGACAGGCCCAGACUGAGGCAGUGCCUUCUGCCUCUGCCCUGAUCAUCAAAGCCCUCGAAGAACCACCACGAGACAGAAAGAGGCAAAAAAACGUUAAGCACAGUGGAAAUAUCACUUUCGAUGAGAUCGUCAGCAGUGCCGGACAGAUGGGGAACCGAUUUUUGGCUAGAGAACUCUCUGGAACCGUGAAAGAGACUGGGACAGCCCGGGCUGCGGGCUGCAGUGUCGAUGGCCGCCACCCUCGCGACACCAGAGAUGACAUCCACAGUGGUGCAGGGGAGUGCCCAGCCAGUUGA